UUAAGCUUAUCUAAAAGUUUACCAUAGCAACACGUGAUAAAGGUCAGAGUCCGCUUUUAUGUUUGAGGCAAUAAAAUUCAGCAAGUCAUUCUCACUGUGAGGAGCGAUGGCGCAUGCAGGAGUUCAGCUGGAUCUGGAAAGGUUCUCCUGUUCCAUCUGUUUGAAUCUACUGAAGGAUCCGGUCACUACAUCCUGUGGACACAGCUACUGCAUGAGCUGUAUUAAAGACCACUGGGACGAAGAGAACCAGAAAGGAACCCACAGCUGUCCUCAGUGCAGGAAAACUUUCAAUCGCAGACCUGACCUCCAGAAAAACACCCUCUUAGCAGAGUUAGUGGAGGAACUGAAGAAGACUGGACUCCGACAUGCUCCGGCUGACCACUGCUAUGCUGGACCUGAAGAUGUGGCUUGUGAUUUCUGCACUGGGAGGAAGAUGAAAGCUGUCAAGUCCUGCUUAUCCUGUUUGACCUCCUACUGCCUGAAAGACAUCCAACCUCACUAUGAUGCUCCGCCUUUGAAGAAGCAUAAACUGAUCCCCCCAACGAAGAGGCUCCAGGAGAACCUCUGCAGUCGUCAUGAUGAGGUGAUGAAGAUCUUCUGUCGUACCGAUCAGCAGUCCAUCUGUUACCUCUGCACUAUGGAUGAACAUAAAGGCCAUGAAACAGUGUCAGCUGCAGCAGAAAGGACUGAGAAGCAGAAGGAGCUCCAGGUGAGGCGACAACAAAUCCAGCAGAGAAUCCAGAACAGAGAGAAAGAUGUGAAGCUGCUUCAACAGGAAGUGGAGGUCAUCAGUGUCUCUGCUGAUAACACAGUGGAGAACAGCGAGAAGAUCUUCACUGAGCUGAUGCUUCUCCUCCAGAAAAGAAGCUGUGAGGUGAAGCAGCAGAUCAGAUCCCAGCAGGAAACUGAAGUGAGGCGAGUUAAAGAUGUUCAGGAGAAGCUGCAGCAGGAGAUCACUGAGCUGAAGAGGAAAGACGCUGAGCUGGAGCAGCUCUCACACACAGAGGAUCACACCCAGUUUCUCCUCCACUACCCCUCACUGCCAGCACUCAGUGGCUCUACACACUCAUCCAUCAUCGACAAUCGUCCUCCCAGACACUUUGAGGACGUGACAGCAGCCGUGUCAGAGCUCAGAGACAAACUACGGGACGUCCUCAGGGACAUGCGGACGAAUGUCCCACUGACAGUCCCCCUUGUGGAUGCUCUCCUGUCAGAACCAGAACCUAAGACCAGAACUGACUUCUUGAAAUAUUCAAAAAGAAUCACCAUGGACCCAAACACAGCAAACAACUUUCUGUUGUUAUCCGAGGGAAACAAGAAAGUGACUCUUGUGGAAGAAGAUCAAUUUUAUUUUGAUCAUCCAGACAGAUUUACUCACUGCACUCAGAUCCUCAGCAGAGAGAGUCUGACUGGCCGCUGUUACUGGGAGGUGGAGUGGAGCGGGACGGAAACCGAUUUAGCAGUUUCAUACAAGAAUAUCAGCAGGUUGGAAGGUGACAGCGAUUUUCGAAACACUGACAAAUCUUGGACAUUAUACUGUCACAGACAAAUUUACAUAUUUUUUCACAACAGAGUAGAAACUCGACUGUCAGUUCCGGUUUCGUCCAGAGUAGGAGUGUACCUGGAUCACAGAGCCGGUGUUCUGUCUUUCUACCGUGUCUCUAAAACCAUGACUCUCCUCCACAGAGUCCAGACCUGCUUCACUCAGCCGCUGCAUGCUGGAGUUGGGUUUUAUAGAUAUGGAGACUCAGUUGAGUUUAUUGAACUGUAACAGACAAACGUGAUCAGA